AUCCAUCACCUAUUCCUGGACCUGAUUUUUGCUUUGAUCCGAUUCCUGACUUCGGUCAGAGCUUGGGUGUCGAGUCUGCUCCAUGUAUGCACCAUCUAUCACCCAUCAUGGAAGGACCUCACUAAUAUCUAUCAGACCCUCCACAACCCACCCACUCCCAACCAUCCCCAAUGCCAGCUAUGCCAGCUCUCACCCCCCGCUCCAGCUCCGCCUCCUCCCGCGACGCCUCACCCAAAGACUCCUCGUCCUCAUCCUCAUCCUCCUAUCGCGUCUCCAAGCGCCAAAUGAACACCAUGGCUGCGAGACGAUACCGUCAGCGAAAGGUCGAUCGGAUGAGUGAGCUUGAGGCCGAGUUGGAGAGCGUCAAGCGGGAAAGAGAUGAGUUGCGGAUGAGAGUUUCCAAGCUGGAGGGUGAGACGGAGGCGCUGAGGGGGUUGGUUGAGAAGAAGUAGGUAGUUUUUGUGUAUAGGAAUCUAUUCAAUUGUGAUAUUUUGGAACUAUUUCAUAAUAUGCGUAGUUUAGUGGCUGGAGUGGCUG